AUGGAUAUUAUCCUUCUCUUGUUCUCCCUUCUUCUCUCAUAUCUCUUCUUCAAGAUCUGGAAGCUAAUAGACUCAAAGAAAGACAAAGAUUGCUACAUCUUAGACUACCAAUGUCAUAAACCAUCCGACGACCGAAUGGUGAGCACUCAGUUCAGCGGAGAGAUCAUUCACCGAAACAAGAACCUCGGUUUAAACGAAUACAAGUUCCUUCUCAAAGCCAUAGUAAGCUCAGGGAUAGGAGAGCAAACCUACGCUCCAAGACUCGUCUUCGAAGGCAGAGAAGAGCGUCCUUCAUUACAAGAUGGGAUCUCGGAGAUGGAAGACUUCUACGUGGACAGCAUCGGAAAACUCCUGGAGAGACAACAAAUCACACCUAAAGAAGUCGACAUCCUCGUGGUCAACGUCUCCAUGCUCUCCACAAUGCCUUCUUUAGCUUCAAGAAUCAUAAACCAUUACAAAAUGAGAGAAGACGUCAAGGUCUUCAACUUGACCGGGAUGGGAUGUAGCGCGAGUCUAAUCUCUGUAGACAUUGUCAAGAACAUUUUCAAAAGCUACGCAAACAAGUUAGCUCUCAUUGCCACCUCCGAGUCUUUAGGCCCUAAUUGGUAUAGUGGAAACAACCGGUCGAUGAUUCUAGCUAACUGCUUGUUCCGGUCAGGUGGCUGUGCUAUUCUCUUGACUAACAAACGUAGCUUGAGAAAGAAAGCUAUGUUUAAGCUCAAGUGUAUGGUACGGACUCACCAUGGAGCUAGAGAGGAGUCUUACAAUUGUUGUAUCCAGUCAGAGGAUGAACAAGGCCGUGUAGGGUUUUACUUGGGGAAGAAUCUACCAAAAGCGGCUACUCGUGCUUUCGUAGAUAAUCUCAAGGUUAUAACACCCAAGAUUCUUCCAGUAACCGAGCUCUUGCGGUUCAUGUUAAAGCUACUCAUCAAGAAAGUCAAGAUGCGUCAAAACCCUAGCAAGGGCUCGAUGAAUAUCCCACCGGGGACUCCUAUAAAGGCAGGGAUCAACUUCAAGACCGGGAUCGAGCAUUUUUGCAUUCAUACCGGAGGAAAAGCUGUGAUUGAUGGGAUUGGACAUAGCUUGGAUUUAACCGAGUAUGAUAUUGAACCGGCGAGGAUGACACUUCACCGGUUUGGGAAUACAUCGGCUAGUAGUUUGUGGUAUGUUUUGGCUUAUAUGGAAGCUAAGAAGAGACUGAAGAGAGGAGAUAGAGUGUUUAUGAUAAGCUUUGGAGCUGGUUUUAAGUGUAAUAGCUGCGUUUGGGAAGUUGUGAGAGAUCUCACCGUUGGAGGAUCAAAAGGGAAUGUGUGGAAUCAUUGCAUUGGUGAUUAUCCACCUAAAUCGAUUUCUAAUCCUUAUUUGGAGAAGUUUGGUUGGAUUCAAGAUGAAGAAGUUGAUACUUUCAAGAUCCCUGACGAGUUUAUGUAACGUUUCCGCACAGAAACACAAAUAAGAAAAGAACAUAAAGGUUACAAUAUUCUCUUUUUUUUUUUCUUUUCCCUUUUUUGUUAAAAUUUUACGUGUUUUCUUUUCUUAAAGAAUGGGAUUCGAACAUGGAUAUGAAUGC